AUGGCGUCGCCGGAUGCAUGCAACAUAACAAACAUGCAGCGCUUCACGUGCCGCGACUUGAUAAAAUACAAGAACGUGCUUUUCGGGUUUGACAUGGACACCUGGGACACGAUACUGGAAGAGGAUAGUCACAGCAAGGAACUCGUCGUUAUGAGAGGUCGCGAAGCUCCCGACACGUUUUCCUACCUGGCAUCUUCGAUAUCGGCGCCACUCGUGGGAAAAUCGGGAUGUGGGUCGUGGGCAAAGCCUGAUCCGGGGUAUGGUUUGAUCACGGUGAGAGAUGCGACUAUUCUCAACCUGAGGUUUUGGAUUACGAGCUUCAUUACUUCGGUGAUGCCUGUACUGUCCCUUGUCAUGCUGUCCAAGCUUGAAGGGCUGAAUGCAAGACUAGGGGUGAUCGCUGUGUCGAGCGUAAUGUUGUCAGUUUGUCUGCUUCUAUGCACUGAGGCGAAGCGCACAGAUGUGUUCGCCACCACAGCCACCACAACCAAGAUUUUCGCCAAACCUGACAUGUGUUCGUGCACGCUAUACACUGAUACCUAA